AUCUGGAAGGGUCUCAGCGACGACAGGCUUCUGGCAACAGUGGUCCUCCUCCAGUCAGCUGAUCGGCGUCAACAAAGAUGGAGCCCAAGUUGCGUUUCGAUGGGAAAGUUGCCAUUGUGACCGGGGCUGGAGGCGGUCUCGGCAAAGCUUACGCCCUCCUGUUUGGUUCCCGCGGUGCCAGAGUUGUUGUAAAUGACUUGGGUGGCAGCAAGAAGGGCGAGGGAAGCAGCUCCAAGUUGGCCGACCAAGUGGUUGAGGAGAUUCGAAAUGGAGGUGGGAUAGCAGUAGCCAACUAUGACUCUGUUGAAGAUGGCGAAAAGAUAGUGAAGACGGCACUGGAUAACUUUGGCAGAGUGGACAUCGUGGUCAAUAAUGCUGGCAUCCUGCGUGACCGAUCUUUUGCCCGCAUCUCAGACACAGAUUGGGACCUAAUCCAGCGAGUACACCUAAGGGGCUCCUUCAUGGUGACUCGAGCAGCCUUCCCCAUCAUGAAAGAGCAGAAGUUUGGCCGCAUCAUCAUGACUGCUUCCACGUCCGGCAUUUACGGCAACUUCGGCCAAGCGAAUUAUGGGGCAGCAAAACUUGGUCUGCUUGGUCUGAGCAAUACAGUUGCAAUUGAAGGACGUAAAUAUAACAUCCACUGCAACACGAUUGCCCCCGUGGGCGGAACGCGCUUGACAGAAGGCAUCUUGCCACCUGACUUGUUUGACCAGUUAAAGCCCGAGUAUGUGGCCCCACUUGUUGCCUGGCUCUGUCACGAGGACUGCGAGGACACGGGAGGCCUUUUUGAAGCGGCUGGUGGAUGGUACGGAAAGUACAGAUGGGAGCGCACCCAAGGACAAUUUUGCAGGAAGUACCUAGAGGAAGAGGUGACCCCAGAGACUGUUCGCGACAGCUGGGAGAAGAUCACAGACUUUACCGAUGCGUAUCACCCUGCAAGUAACCACGAAGACACAGGGAUAUUAGCUGCUGGUUUACAAGAGUUGAAACCAUGGAAGGAGGUUCAGCCCAAACCUGCUUCUGCAACAGGAGCAGUUUCAUCAGGACCAAUGUCAGCUGUUGGUGCAAAAGUAGAACCCACGAGCUUCACCUACACCGCAAAAGAUGUCAUCCUUUAUGCCCUUGGAGUGGGUGCUUCGGUGGAAGAGGAGAAUGGCCUCAAGUUCUUGUAUGAGAAUGACGAGGACUUCACCCCCCUGCCCACCUUCUCCGUCGUGCCUUCACAAGCGGUCAUGUUUGGCGGCAAUCUGUGGAGCAGUAUUCCCGGAUGGACUGUUGAUUUGACCAAGCUUCUGCACGGAGAGAUGUACAUCGAGUGCGUGAAGCCCCUCCCUCCCUCAGCAACGCUCAACACGUCCUUGGAGGUGGUCGAUGUCCUGGACAAGAAAUCUGGAGCAGUAAUGAUCAUAGACACUCUGACGACGGACGAGAGUGGCGAGACUGUGGCGAAAGCCCAGUGGUCGACCUUCCUGGUUGGAGAAGGGAACUUUGGCGGCCCGAGACAGAGCAACCGCGGUGUGCCCCUCUGUGACCCUCCUAGCAGGAAGCCUGAUGCCACGGAGGAAUUCAGGACAGAUUUGGAUCAAGCAUCCUUGUAUCGGCUGAGUGGGGAUCGCAACCCUCUGCACAUCGACCCUUCCUUUGCCGCCAUGGGAGGGUUCCAGCAGCCCAUCCUCCACGGGCUGUGCUCCUAUGGGAUUACCUGUCGCAUCAUCUUGAAGCAUUUCUGCGGCAACGACGUCAGCAAAUUCAAGUCCAUUAAGGUGAGUCAUGCUCCACGUGGCACACAGGCAACUAAAUUCCAAACGCAUCCCCUUCCAGCGGUCGACCUGAAGAAUGCCCCGGGCUCCAUCUACGAGGGAGCGCCCCGCGGUGGACUCAAACCUGACGUCACCCUCACCCUAGAGGAUGCCGAUAUGGUUGCCUUGGUGACUGGGAAGCUGAACGCCCAGAAGGCCUUUAUGUCCGGCAAGCUCAAGGUCUCGGGGAAUGUGAUGCUGACCCAGAAGCUACAGGGCCUGUUGAAACCCCAGGCCAAGAUGUGAGGGGGUUAGCGGAGAGUCGGGUUGGGGAGUGGUUGGAGGGGGGGGGGGGAGGAGGAGAGAGGAGGUGGGUGACGAUGCAUUUAACUGUGGAGGAUGUCGGGGCAGGCUGGUGGUUAACUGUUAUAUUUUGGUAACUUUCCUUUUUAUAGAUUUGUAUUAGUCAUUAGUUGAACAUGUAUGCACACAUGUGCACACAUACCCCCCCCCCCCCCCCAUACACACACAUAAACACAUACACACCAAGACA